CCGCGCAGUGCUGCCAACGCCCCGGCGGAGAAGCUGAGGUCAGCAUCAAAUUUGAAAUACUUAAAGUGGAUACAAAACUAGCAGCAAUGCAGACAAUUAAGUGUGUUGUUGUGGGUGAUGGCGCUGUUGGUAAAACAUGUCUCCUGAUAUCAUAUACAACAAAUAAAUUUCCAUCUGAGUAUGUCCCAACUGUUUUUGACAACUAUGCAGUCACAGUUAUGAUUGGUGGAGAACCAUAUACUCUUGGACUCUUUGAUACUGCAGGGCAAGAGGAUUAUGACAGAUUACGACCGCUGAGUUAUCCUCAAACAGAUGUAUUUCUAGUCUGUUUUUCAGUGGUUUCUCCAUCCUCAUUUGAAAAUGUGAAAGAAAAGUGGGUACCUGAGAUAACUCACCACUGUCCAAAGACUCCUUUCUUGCUUGUUGGGACCCAGAUUGAUCUCAGAGAUGAUCCUUCUACUAUUGAGAAACUUGCCAAGAAUAAACAGAAGCCCAUCACCCCGGAGACUGCUGAAAAGCUGGCUCGUGACCUGAAGGCUGUUAAAUAUGUGGAGUGUUCUGCUCUUACACAGAAAGGCCUAAAGAAUGUAUUUGACGAAGCAAUAUUGGCUGCCCUGGAGCCUCCAGAACCGAAGAAGAGCCGCAGGUGUGUGCUGCUAUGAACAUCUCUCCAGAGCCCUUUCUGCACAGCUGGUGUCGGCAUCAUACUAAAAGCAAUGUUUUAAAUCAAAAAAAAAAAAAAA